AUGGACGACUGGAAAAUCGCUUUCGAAAGGGGACUGCAAGAGGAAAUAUGUGUACAAGCUGUCAAAUCUUUUCCCAAUAACGAACCUGAUUUUAGUCAUGAAUUUGUUCAAAUAUCUCAAAAUACUAGGUCUCCACAAGGGCCUCAAGCUUAUCCAAAUGGGGCAGACUUACAAAUAGGUCUAUCUGAGCAUCAACCAAUGGUGGACUUUGAUGUCACAUGCAACGGAGGGAACAUUGUUAUUACUGGUCAAAGUGACAUUCCUGUUAUAGGUUCAGAAAAGAACAUAAAUAAGAUAUCUCCAUUACUUAGUCCAGAGUUUCUUCCACAACUUUUUGGAAUGAAGCUCAAUGAUGUUGCAAAGUGCCUUGGUGGUAACGCUGUUAGCCGAACUAUGUUGAAGCGCGUGAAGCAUAAAAUUUGGAAAUGGCUAUUUCACAAAGCAAAGAUGGUUGGUAACGACCUUCCUAAGCUGAAUCGUGGAAAUGAAUCUAUACGAGUUAUUGAGGGAGCACUCUGUUAA